CCUUGGGAGAAAUAAAAAAAGAUAAAAAUUGUUCUAUCCCUCGUGAUAUCCAUGUAUCUUCUUCAUUUUCAUUGAAGAUCCAACACUUCAGAAUGUCUCUGACAAUGCUGAUGACAGUUAAGCCAUGGCAGUUUUCUUGUUUUGAGCUUCAGCCCUGAAAGUCAAUGCUAAGACGGUCUCCAACAAUGCGAGUGACAGCACUUACAGUUGAACUUCUUUACUUUGAAAGUUUCCAAACAAGUUGGUGGAUGCUUUUCGUUGAACCGGCAUCAAUCUUGAAAUGCUCUGGGUGGGUGGCUUGCUUUACAAACAUUCUCUCAUUUGUUUUAUGGUUGGCCUUGUGUAUAUUAGAGGAUAUGAGGAACAACGAAAAAAGAAAAUGGAAGGCAGGUCUAAGGAAAUGGCAGUGGCACAUAUUGAUGGUUCCUUUGCCUUUCAGAGUAAAAGUAGGGUAUGAAGCAGGUUAUGAACCUUCAUCAAUUGCCACAGUAGCAUUCGAAGAACUUACAUGCUCCCCGGAAUGCAUGUUCCUAUUCGAGGCAUUGCUUGCUGCAAUGAGAUGACAUGAGGCACACCCCGGACCACGUUCUGUUUCGCUGACGACAACAAUCAGGAUCCCUGUGCUUUCGAUGCUGUAUAUGAAAAAGAUAGCCGGGAAACAACAUAUAGAGGUCUUUAUGGCCCGUAAAAUGCACAAAAAAUAACCAGAUGUAGAGGUUCCAAGUCCAACAGAUCAAUCACAAUCUAUACUGCUUGUCAGAUGUUCGUAAAAAAACUUCCUUUUUGUUUUAAAAGAAAGUGUGUAACUGCUCUCACCCACAUAAGAAAGGAUGUUGGAGAUAAAGAAGACUAGGAGUCCAGUCCAUGAUUUUAUUAACAGAGACAGCACGGCUUUCUCUCUUGGGUCGCUCCGAAUCCUAUUUGUAAGGCUACAAAGCAGGCUAUUACUGCCUCCAACUACUCUAUUUCAGGGUACGAGAACGUGUCUUUUUCGAGGCAACGUGAAUUACAUGUAUGUGAUGCUUUAUACAGUAAUAAUGUUGGAAACAA